AUGGUAGCAUCUAAUGGCAAUCAGGUUAAGAUGAGCUGCAAGAAAAAAAUCUUCACCUGUAUUUUUGCAUUGGCCCUUGCUUUUUUCAUGUUAUUAGUUCAUUUCGCUUCUAACAUUAUCUGCCUACUAAAUCCAAAGGGCAUGUCAGUUUUCAACAGAAACAAUGAGGGCUUUUUGAAAGUGCCUGAUUUAGACUGCAGUAAGAAUGCACCAUUCCUGGUUAUACUGGUGACAUCUCGACUUGGUGAAACUGAAGCACGGAUGGCUAUCCGUAAUACAUGGGGCAAGAAAAGGGUAAUAGCUGAUAAACGUGUUGUCACAUAUUUUCUCUUGGGAAAUAAUUCACGACCCUAUGACCAGAUUGGUAUCACUACUGAACAUGUACUAUAUAAAGACAUCAUUCAGAAGGAUUUUAUGGACACAUACCAUAAUUUAACUUUAAAGACUUUGAUGGGCCUUGAAUGGAUCCACAAAUUCUGUCCACAGUCUACCUUUGUGAUGAAAACUGAUUCUGACAUGUUUGUUAAUCCUUAUUACCUGACUGAACUUCUUUUGAAAAGAAACAGUACCACCGGAUUGUUUACAGGUCUGUUAAUGAAGCACAGCUUUCCAGUAAGGAAUCCAAACAGUAAGUGGUAUGUGAGUAAAGAGGAAUAUCCAGGGAUCAUUUACCCUACAUUUGCUUCAGGAACUGGUUAUGUUCUCUCUACUGAUGUUGCAAGACUAGUAUAUGUAGUUUCAGACAGGGUCCCCUUCCUUAAAGUGGAGGAUGUCUUUGUAGGUAUGUGCCUUGCUGAACUCAAAAUUCAACCAGAAAAACUUCCUUCAGAGUCAACCUUUUUUGGAGGCCAUGUUCCAUUUUCUCCUUGCCGUUAUAAGAAAAUCAUCACAAGUCAUUUCAUCACUCCCACACAGAACCUGAUGUAUUGGGACAGUAUGGAGAAGACCAUGGAUGGAGAAUGUCCAGAAGUUCAGUGA